AUGGGCUGUGGGAACAGCAAGGUGCCGCUCGAGGCGUCCAGGAAGGGCUACGGGGGGGUCGGGGUGGUGCAGUCGCUCGUGGCCUUCAGCAAAUCGCACACUGACAGCGAUGAGCCGAAGAAAUGUUUGGAGAAAGGAAGAGGCCCCUGGUUUUCCACCGGGGUCAAGACUCGUCAGCCGGGGUCAAACAGCCAGCAGAUGAUUCUCAGGGACGGACGACAACAGGACAAAGCUGCAAAGUAUAAGGACAAGUUCGAUCCACGCGUCACCGCAAGAUAUGACAUCAAAGCUCUGAUCGGUCGUGGAAGCUUCAGCCGCGUGGUGCGGGUGGAGCACCGGGCCACUCGCCAGCCCUUCGCCAUCAAGAUGAUGGAGGUGGAGGCCCCGGGGGGGCGGGAGGUGUGCGCCUCGGAGCUGGCGGUGCUGCAGCGGGUGAGCCACGCCAACGUGAUCCAGCUGAUGGAGGUGUUUCAGUUCCCGCAGCGGGUCUACAUGGUGCUGGAGCUGGCGACCGGCGGCGAGCUGCUGGACCGGGUGGUCAGCCGGGGUCACUUCACCGAGCGGGACGCCACCCAGGCCCUGGGCAUGGCGCUGGCCGGGGUGGGAUACCUGCACAACCUGGGCAUCACCCACCGAGAUCUGAAGCCGGAGAAUCUCCUGUACUACCACCCAGGGGCCGACUCCCGGCUGCUGGUCACGGACUUUGGACUGGCGACUUUUGGCGGCACAGGGCCGGAGCUCUGUGACCACAACACGAGCGGCGAGGGAGACGGGAGCAGCGCCGGGCGCUCGUGGUCCCUGAGGACCACAUGUGGAACACCGGAGUACCUGGCCCCUGAGGUGUUGUUGAGGAGACCCUACUCGUGUGCCGUGGACAUGUGGGCCCUGGGGGUGGUGGCCUACAUCGUGCUGAGCGGGUCGAUGCCGUUUGAGGACGAGAGUCGAACGCGGCUCUAUAGAUCCAUCCUGAGGGGAAAGUACAGCUUCCACGGAGAUCCUUGGCCCUCGGUGUCCAACCUGGCAAAGGACUUCAUCCAGCGCCUGCUGGCGUUGGACUCGGCCGCCCGCCUGACCGCGGACCAAGCCACCCGUCACUCCUGGGUGGUCACCAUGGCAGCCGGCUCCUCCACAAGGAACCUCCAUCGAUCCAUUUCCCAGAACCUCCGGCAGCGGGCCUCACGCAGCUCCUCCCGGUGCCCGAGCAGCACGUCAGGGAGCCAAAGUGCCCGGGACCGGUGUUAA